GACUAACCGGAGCACACCGGGAGAUAACGGGAUUAAUAACGGGAGUCCCCGACAUUCGACUGAUCAAUCGAGUUCAUCCAGCUCAUCAUUUUAUAAACCGUCAUGCUUCUGGAGCGCGAGGACAGCUGCUUCAUGUCGGAGUUUGAGGACGCGUGCAGCGCGUGGGUGGACAGCGUGGGCUCGAGCCCCAUCAGCGACGGAGCUGAGUCCGACGUGGGGUCACCUUUCUGCCAAGUUUUCUCUCCGGGAACCGACGCCUCGGACUCUGAUUUCUUCUCCGACUUCAGUGACUGCUCGUCGGACACACUCUCUCCAUCUCUCGGCUACACCGGCAGCUUCUUCUCAGAGCCGGAGCCGGUGGUGAAGGCAGCACCGGCGGCAGCAGCGGAGCUGAGCAGCACCGCGGACGCGAUCCUCAACAUGAUCACAGAGAUCGUGGGGAUCUGCACCGAGAUGGAGCACGAGGACACAUCCUCCUCUUCUCCCGCGCUCUGCGCUCCACCUGCGGAUCUCAGCUCAGAGUCGAGCACCCCCCCUCCUCUUCCUCUUCCUCCCACGGUGGUGGUUUCACACCCGGUGGUUGUUAAAAGCGAGUUCGUGAGCUCCAGCUGCAGCAGCGGGUGCGCACACUCUUCGAUGCCCGGGAAUGAUGCUUCGUACCCGUGCACCGCUGACUCUCUCCUCCCGCUCUCCGCUCUGGAGCAGCAACAGGUGGACGUGUCCGCUUUCCUCGACUCCCUGCUGAGCUCUGAGGCCGGCCAGGGCGACCUGAAGCCCGGCUGCGAGGUGAAGCAGGAGCCGCUGGGUCUGGAGGACUGGUUGAAGAGCCUGAUGGUGCCGGUUACCGGGGGAGAUUCCGGUAGCUACGUCAUCGGCAGACCGGUGGUCAAGACGGAGCUCGAGCAGAGUUUCUCCCCCCCCCCUCUCCCCUCCACCCUGGACGUUCAUCUCCUCUCCUCCCUCCUGCAGGGCGCGUUCCCGAUAGUAAACAUCGGCGGCGCGCACGCCGCGUGCGCCCCCAAGCUGUCGCGCGGCGGCAGGAGAGCUCCCGCCAAGAAGAACGGACUGAAAGAGAAACCCUACCCUUGCUCCGUGCAGGGGUGCGAGCGCCGCUUCUCGCGCUCGGACGAGCUGAACAGGCACGUGCGCAUCCACACGGGACAGAAGCCCUUCCAGUGCACCAUCUGCGCGCGCAGCUUCAGCCGCAGCGACCACCUGACCACGCACACGCGCACGCACACCGGGGAGAAGCCCUUCUCCUGCGACGUGUGCGGCAAGCGCUUCGCACGCAGCGACGAGAGGAAGAGGCACGGGCGCGUGCACGUCAAGCAGCAGCUGCGGGCGCAGAUGAUGGCCGCCUACUCCCUGGCCCUGAACGCGCCCGGCGUCUGAGCGCGCGCUCCCGUUGUUCCGAUUUGGCUGCUGCAGGAGCGAAGUUCACGCUUCCGGAUUUUGAACCGUCGACCGGUGACGCGUCAGAGAGAGACGUUUCCAUGUGACGUCACACUGAGCAGGUGUUUAGACAGGUGACCUGGCCCACUCUCACGGCGCAUGCGCGAGAUGACAGUCCCGCUCGCAGGAGGGUGAUGGUGGAUUUAAAGAGUUCAGGUCUGAGUGUUCCGGUCUGAUCCAGGACCAGCCGGUCCGCCUCCGGACCCCCAUGGUGCACGAGACGCUCCUGGUGGUGGACUCUCUCUUAAAGGAGCUUUGUAAAAAACAUACACUUUUUGGACUUUCGUUUCCUGCAUGAGGACGUGAAGAACGUGAAUGUGUGACGUCAGAAUGUCGUGAUGUUGCUGUUUUUUAAUUCUAUGAAUAUUUAAUGACAUAUCUCUAUUUUUAUAUCUAUCUCUAGUGGUCUACCUCUUUGUGUCGCGCUGUUUUACAAUACGAGAGAGAGAGAUUGUAUUUAUGUAUAUAUUUAUAAGAGAUAAAGAAGAUUUAUACGGAGGAUCAACAUGAAAACACGAUGUCACUUUUCUACACCUCUGGUGCACUGAUGCAUUGUGGGAGGUUGUGUUCCCUUGUUAUUUUGCAUGGAGGAUGCUGCUGUCAAUAAAACAAAUCUUCAUCUUCAUCUUCUUCACGCUCCUGACAUUUUAUAACAGGCUGCUGUUGCUGGGCAACAGACGUUGAAGGUUGCGUUGCCGUGGCAACAGCAACUUGGGAGUUUUCAAACCGGACAUACAGGAAAGGC